AUGAAGGGCCGGCGGAACAUUCUGUUGGCAAAAAUCACACUUCUCCAUACAAAGGGUGAAGACAAGAAACCAAGGGUCAAAACAUUCACCAUCGGCCACCACCCAGACCCUGUAUUCGACCUGCUGGGCCAAUUGUUGGCACUAGCCGUCGCAGAUGGCGUCUUUGCGGCAAGCAUCCAAGAUGUGAAAGUUAUCUAUGACUACCCCAUCCCGUCCUACCUUUUGGGCGAGCCUUUGAAGUACAAACCAAAGAAUCUUGAUCAACCUGUGAUCCGCCAACCUCUGGAUGGCUCCAGUGGUAGGAGAACAUCGGAGACUGUUCCGAUGACGUAUCAGACAUUCUACAACUACAUCACGGAUCUCGGGAAGGCGAUGUGCUUGAAGCACCGCCUGACCUGGUACCUGAUGGAGCAGGCAAGACGGGAGCAUUUUUGGAACGCACCUACCGAGAGGCUCAAUGCCUUUCUGGGUGGCUCCGACGAGGGUGAUAAGCGUCGCCGGCCCCUACCCAUGGCUCCCCCGCCGCCCCCGAACCUGCUGAUCGAGAAACGCAGAGGAUUCGUGGAACUUAUCCAUCGGCGUACCUCGGACCUAAGUGACAAUGAGAUCUACAAACGGCGAUGCCUCAGCAUGAGCCUCUGGGUGGAAAUGCAGGGCCGGAAGAAGGCUCAACAAGUCGGCAAGCUGAGAAAACAACACUUGACGCACACCAAUCCUCCCCACGUCAGCGUGGAAAUUAGAACAAAACAACGGACCAUGCAGCUACCGGCAUCGGCCUCUUUUGUGGUUGUGGUUCCAAUGAGACGAGAGCUUCAGGAACUGCAAUGCCUGUUCUGCAAUGCUGACUCUGGGAUGGACAGCCAAGCUCAAUGCAAGGUUUGGGACCGGGUCAAUAAGCUGUGGGAUCAUGUUGAGAAGCAUGUGCACAAGGAGGAAUUAUCAGCCAAGACCUACACUCGACCCAGCAAAACCUACUCAACCCGGCAAAGUCUCUAUGAAGAGAGAGAGCAGAAACAGCCGACCACUAUCUUUGAGUUCCUUGACGGCUGUCACACUCAUUUAUUCCGGGGACUUACUGUUCGUAAUGCCAAGUAUUCAACAAAGGGUGACUUAUCAAACCCGGAUGGCAAACUUCGCCGCGAGAGAAUUCGACAGUGGCCCCAUUUUGCUAUUGAACAAGGGCGCAUUUGGAAAGAUCUCACUGGAGUGGAUUUUGUCCUAGAGCGCCACUUCAAAUCGCUGCAUGGGCUGGCGGAAUCUGGAGCAGAAUUACAGACCGAGAAGACAGGGUCUGAAUUGGAUCUUCGACAGUUUCAGCAUGAGACUCUCACUCGCCCCGUUCGUUCGGUGGUCACAAAACUGCAUUGGAAUAUGCAAAUACGCCAGCACUUCCGCCUCUUGGGCGGCAUCACCUUUGAGAACCACGGAAACACCCUGAGUGAAGAAUCCACGGAAACCAGGUCAGCUGAAGGACUGCGUCCCACAAAGCUUCGAAAAACCGGCCGAGUCAAUGCCACGCCCGUUACAACACCACGGUCAUCCCGCCCCCUGGCCGAUGAGUUCUGCGUAUAUAACAAGGGAGCCGGUGAAAAUAUCCCCGCAUACAUCGUGGAACUGAAAGCACCGCAUAAGUUGCCGCUGUCGGCAAUCCGUUCCACACUGCAUGACAUGGAUCUUGAAGAGGUGCUCCUGCAUACGCCCGACGAGCCGGAGGAAGUUGCAGGUCGUCGUGAGAUGGCUGCGGUGAUCACCCAGGCAUUCUCCUACAUGAUCAAAUCUGGAGUCGGAUACGGAUAUGUGGGUACUGGAGAGGCUUUCAUCUUUCUUCACGUGGGCAAAGACCCAACGACAGUAUUUUACUACCUCUCCACCCCGGGUGGGGAUGUGGGCGAAAGCACGGGAUAUACCGGCCGAACUGAUUCUCCCAACAGGCUACAUCUGACGGCCGUCGGCCAGGUGCUUGCCUUCACCCUCCGGGCCAUGCAGGCAGAGCCCUAUUGCCAAAUGUGGCGAAUGGAGGUAGAGGCCCGGCUGAAGCCGUGGAGGCUCGUAUACCGGGAUAAUGCCGUCGUCUCUUCACCGCUAACGGCGACCACACAGGAAUACACACCAGAACAUCAAAACCGAGUCGACUACGCCAGCCGUUCACCCGUUGUGACAAGGCCAAAAAAGUCCCUACGCCUGCGAUCAUCACCGUGCAAUCCCACCUCGGUGUCACCGCGAAGCCCAGUGAAUAGCAGCGAUGAAGACCCAACAGACCUGACGAGCUCCCCAAGCAAAGCACCGCGUCGUCCACCCAAUGUUAUGGUUGUGGUGCCAUCUCGCCGCAGUGACCAGCCUUCAUCCCAGAAGUACUCCGAAAACCAAAGUCGGUCCCGGCCGUACUGUACCCACAGGUGUCUUCUAGGGCUGUCUAAAGGAGGGCCACUGGAUGAGGCAUGCCCGAACGUUGCCGACCACGGAACCGGCCAGCAUCAGAUCAACCGGUCUAGGUUUUCAGCUCUCCUCCACGACCAGCUGCUGAAGAAGGCCAAGUGCAACCACGAUUCUUCCGAGUCCGAUGGGUGCGAAUCGCUUCAUAUUCACGGCUCCCGAGGGGCGUUGUUCGAAGUUGUGCUCAGGCCCUAUGGAUACAAGCUGGUGGUAAAGGGUUCCCACCCGAGUUCUCCAGGUAUUUAUCGCAUGAAAAAGCUGUAUAUAAGCGCCUUCUCCCCAUCCAAGGUCGUCACGUCCCCGUAUGUCUCGAGAUCCUGGAUCUCUCCGAGCGGCCUCUCUUCUAUGAUGGAAUUGCUAGGAUCCCAAGACUCUUACUGUUUAGCCAUGCCGGGGUUCCUCUUCCGCGCGCCCAUGCUGACAGCCAAACUAUCAACGACACGGCGACAUGGUCACUUAAAGCGAUUCACCAGCUUGGCGUGUACCACAGCGAUGCGUUUGUCCACAAUAUGUUCUGGAGUAUAG